AUGAGAUUAGCCGUCUGUUUCCCACUGUUCUUCGCCAUUCUGGCUCUCACUAUCAGGUUUUCCUUACGGUUUCUAUUCGCAUUCAUAUAAAAUUUUGCUCGGUUUAGCAAUGGUUAUUCGCAAAGCGGAAGCAUCAAGAUAUGUGCCGUCGGUCCCAGUAACGACACCGAACUCCGCGCAACCAUCGACAAUGUGAGAUAUUUUUGGCUUAUAAGAAUUACUCCAACUUUUUCAGAUUGCUCUUUUCAUCGCCAAAAAUCACACGAAAGCUCCGCAGAUCCAUGAUCACGAAUUGCUCAAAGGAGAUGUAUGCGAGUUCAUCGGAGGAGUCGAUCGAGCCAAACUGAGAGCCGAUUUCAUUCUUGUCGCCAAAAGGUCUGAAAAAAUUGCUUAAAAUUCCGACAAAAGUGUUUAGGAGUGGAAAUUUGUUCCUAAACUGUGAUCCAGAAUGGGGACGUCAAAGCUUCGCCAUUAUAAAUGUAUGGAACGUGUAAGAAUAGGUGAAAAAGUUAAAAGUUUCUUUCAGUUUUACACCAAAAACAUGAGCGCUCCGACGAACAAGAAUCAUACAUUCAAUGCCAAAGUUUGUGCACUAUUUUCAUCAGGUUCACAUCAUUUUUUACAGUUGGCCUUCACGUCGAAGGAGGAAUCGAAGGCCAAGUGGAAGAAUGUGCGCUCGGAAAAAGAGCUUCUGGAGCUGUUAAUUCCACGAUUCAUGUCCCCGCAAAGCCGCAUUCCGGACGAUUAUUCGUUCAGGGCGGAACGCGAGGAACGUGUGAAACGGCGUACUCUGAAGGCCGUCAUUGCGUUGAUGGCUCUCGUCGUCAGCUCUCUGCUGGUCAUAAUGUUCAUCGGAAGUCUGUCCAGAUACAAUGAGGAAAAGAAGAAAAGAGAUCAGGAAGAGGAGAAGAAGAAAAAGUUCGAGAAGCAGGCGGAAGCAGCUCCAGCAGAAUUGCACAAAAGUGAAAAGUCGACGAAGAAAGAAGAAUGA